GUCUUGGCGGAGAAGAUUGAUGGAGUGAACAAGGACUUGGCCGCGACCUCCGAUGCCAUGAAGGAUCUGCAGCAGUCCACCGUGCAAGGUUUCAGUGACGCCUUCAACGAGUUUGCCGACUCGCUCACCGACAACAGCCUCUUGGACAUGGACUUGAAUCAGUCCACACACAUGGCCUUGGCAUCAUUCGCCAACUGGCACCAGGAAUCGAUGCACAAGGUCGGCAGUGCCCACCUGCAGCAGAUCGAGCAGGCACUACGCUCGCUGUAUCAGCGGAUGUCUGCCAAGAAGCAGGACCUGGAGUCCAAUCAGACUCUUGCCCAGAAACGGGAGGCAUUGAUCUCUUUGCAGAAGGAUGCGAAGUCCACCCUGCACCAGCUCCUCCAGUUCCAAGAUGCAUCGGACAUCAACCCGGCAAUGGUGGACCAGGAGAUGAAGAAGCUGCUCAAAGCUGCACAGAACUCGAUUCAGAGCCACCACAUGUCCGCCGAGCGGAUGGGUCGACACAUGGAGAUCAUGCAGUCUGAGUACAAUCGACGAGACUCCCUGUCACAGCACAUUGAGUCGCAGCUUGUCGAGUUCGACAAAAUCAUGGUGCAGAUUCGUCAGGCAGCUGAGGAGUAUCUCGAGGAUGCCAGCCGACAGGUAAGUUUGGUGAGCCGAGCAACCGAGCUGACGGAUCAGUACUUGUCACGGUGCAGUUCCGACUUUUGGGAGCUGUCUUUGGCCGCACGCAAGGCGCUCGCUGCAGGCAAGAAAGCUGCUCGCUCCUCGCGAAUGGCCAUGAAUCGA